UUAGAAAGAGUAUUAUAAGAAAUAUAAUUUUAUUUAAAUUUAGGCUUCUACCUUGAACAAUCACGACCAGAUCGAGAUGAUUACGUCAGAGUCCUUUGGGAGAAUAUCGAACCAGGUUUUGAAUAUAACUUCUACAAAACUGAUACCGGUUAUGCGUAUACUCUAAAUACACCUUACGAUUUUGGCUCAAUAAUGCAUUACGGUAGCAAUUAUUUUAGUGUAAAUGGUGCCGAUACUCUGGAAGCACUUAAUUCAAGUAUCACAUUUGGGCAACGUGACACUUUAAGCCCGUAUGACAUCCAAGCAAUUCGAAAUUUUUAUGGUUGUUCGAUAUCUACAGAUACAACAGCAGACAUUACAGCAACCACAGACACCACUACAACAUCUACUACCACUAAAAGACCUACUACUACAACCACCAGCACAAAGGGUACUACUAUAACCAUCACCAAAAAACGUAAACCAUUGAACUAUAGUAACAGCCACUAA